AUUGGUACUGCAUGUUCUCUGACCUGAAGGACACUUUCUUGGGAGCACACCGCUGCCCAGAGCCUCCAGGGUGAGCUACCCCCUAUCCCCAAAGGCUGGACUAGCCUCACCGUCAGCACCGUGCUUAAACUAACGGAGUUGCAGCGCAGCACGGAUAACAGACCCCAGGCACUGGGAGGUGGGGCCGCGAGCUGGGGCUCCGCCUCCGACCGGGCUUUCCAGCCCUAGGAACUCCUGGAGGCGGGGCGGGGCGGGGCGGGGCGGGCCCUCUCGCUCACUUCUUGCUCAAAUCGCGGAAGUGCAGGGUCGGAAGUUGCGUGAUCAGCCUGCGCCGACUUAGUGCGACGCGCAGUCCGUACGGCCGUGCUCGGUGCUGCUAUGGCUUCCAGCGGGGUGACAGUGAGCGCCACCGGCUCGGCCAGUGAGGCCUCCGAGGUUCCAGACAACGUGGGAGACUGGCUCCGCGGCGUCUACCGCUUCGCCACCGAUCGGAACGACUUCCGGAGGAACUUGAUCCUCAAUUUGGGACUCUUUGCUGCGGGAGUUUGGCUGGCCAGGAACUUGAGUGACAUUGAUUUGAUGGCACCUCAGCCAGGGGCGUAGCCAGAGAAUGGAACUCCUGUGUAUUCAAACUUUCCAAAGACAGCCUACUGUCUGUAACCACCACAAGAUACUACCCAAGUGGCAGCUGAAGUUGACUCCCUCUCCUUGCCUGAACCUACCCUACCCCCCCCCACCCCCCGCCAGUCCCCAGCAUCAGUUGAAAUGUUGCCUCUGCACAGUUCUGUGUGCAGUUCCUAACUUUCUACAGAGGGUGAUCUUUGCCCUUGUCCUCAAGAGUAGUAAUGGUUCUUGAAAAAGAUUUCAAAUAAAGCCUGCACAUAAAGACAGGUGUUUUAUUCUUUUAAUAAGAAGCGUCUUACAAAAACAAAGUGUAAAAAGUCAGUUUACAAAAAUCAAAUAAACAUGACUUGUAUUUCA